GUCAGGCUGGUGGUGUUGCAGAGCUCUCCAGCUCCGGUGGGACGGUGGGACGCGGCCAACAUGAUCACAACCUACCACGAGCCAACGCACUCGGACUUCAGGGAGAAGAAGAGCACGAUGGUCUGAGCGAGACUCAGCAGACUCACCUUUGUAUAUACCUGACUCUUUCUUUUGUAUUUCUUUUUAUAUCUCCUUGUUUCUCGCUGGGACAAUGCUAGGAUUUGACCUACACAGGACCAGACUUGCACGGUUUAUGAACAGACGGGCCUCAGCUAACUGCCGCUACCAGCCCACCUGCUAUGAGCAUGCUGCAAACUGCUACACCCAUGCACUCCUCAUCGUGCCAGCCUUCGUGGGCAUGGCGUUGCUGCAUCGUCUGUCGGACAACGGCUGGGAGAGGAUCACAGCCUGGGUGUACGGCAUGGGCCUCUGUGCCCUCUUCCUGGUCUCCACUGUGUUUCAUAUCAUCACCUGGAAGAAGAGCCACAUGAGGUCCAUGGAACACUGUUUCCACGUGUGUGACAGAGUGGUCAUCUAUUUCUUCAUUGCUGCCUCCUACACACCUUGGUUGAACCUGCGUGAACUGGGCCCUCUGGCAGCACACAUGCGCUGGUUUGUGUGGCUCAUGGCUGCUGCUGGAACCAUAUACGUCUUCAACUAUCAUGAAAAGUAUAAAGUUGUUGAGCUGGCCUUCUACUUGAUGAUGGGUUUUUUCCCUGCAUCAGUCAUGACAUCAAUGAGCAACACAGAGGGCCUCCAGGAGCUGGCCUGCGGUGGACUCAUCUACUGCCUCGGCGUGUUCUUCUUCAAGAGCGACGGCCGCAUCCCCUUCGCCCACGCCAUCUGGCACGUAUUCGUGGCGCUGGCUGCGGCCGUGCACUACUACGCCAUCUGGAAAUACCUCUACAAGGCCCGCAGCGUAGACUCCCUCCUCCAGUCGUGACCCCAGCCGAAGACUGGACGGCGGUCCUGCCCCUUCCCCGUGUGCUUCUGAGCAGAGGCGCCUGCACACUGACUCCCUCAACUGCCCGCUGAAGCUGCAAACGAGUUUACGAAAAUAGUGACCAUAAAUUGUUUACUUUUUUUCUAACGUGGAGAACAGAUUUUUCAGCGUCUCCCUGACAAACAAAAGCUACUUUCCAAGCUGUUUUGUACAACUUCAGUCUAAAAAAAAAAAAAAAACUUGACCGUGAGGGAGGGAAUUUAGACUUUUUACAAUGAACCCUGGCACAUUCAUGAGUAUUUGGGAAAUUUGAUAGACCUUUUUUUGUAUCGCUUGAAGUGAGUCACAUUCCACAUUGGAGUCAUUUGUGUGUCAAAACCUGGAGAUUCAUCCAUUUCAGCUGGUGAUUUCAACACUGGGGAUAGAGUGAGGUGCUAAAAAAAAUCAGCUCUUAUCAGUAGCAGGGCUGGGUAUCAUUUGAAGUUUCAGUACCAGUACCAAAUUUAUACUUUUUGAUACAGUACUUUGCUUAUGAGAAACCUA